AUGCAAAUCUUCGUCAAAACGCUAACUGGAAAAACCAUCACACUGGAGGUUGAAUCCUCCGACACCAUCGACAACGUGAAGGCUAAGAUUCAAGACAAGGAGGGAAUUCCUCCCGAUCAGCAGCGGUUGAUCUUUGCCGGAAAACAGUUGGAAGACGGCCGAACCCUAGCCGACUACAACAUACAGAAGGAAUCAACGCUCCACCUGGUACUCCGUCUCCGCGGCGGCAUGCAAAUCUUCGUGAAAACCCUAACCGGAAAAACCAUCACACUGGAGGUUGAAUCCUCGGACACAAUCGACAACGUGAAGGCGAAGAUCCAGGACAAAGAAGGAAUUCCUCCGGAUCAACAGCGAUUGAUCUUUGCGGGAAAGCAACUGGAGGACGGGAGAACUCUUGCGGAUUAUAAUAUCCAGAAAGAGUCUACUCUCCAUUUGGUUCUUCGCCUGCGUGGAGGGAUGCAGAUUUUUGUCAAGACUUUAACGGGUAAGACAAUUACUUUGGAGGUGGAGAGUUCGGAUACUAUUGAUAAUGUGAAAGCCAAGAUUCAGGAUAAGGAAGGGAUACCACCUGAUCAACAGCGUCUUAUCUUUGCUGGUAAACAACUUGAAGAUGGACGCACUCUUGCUGAUUAUAAUAUUCAGAAGGAAUCUACACUUCACCUUGUUCUCAGGCUCCGUGGUGGUACCCAUAUAUAG